GUUGCCACGACGACAACGACUACAACAACGACAACCAACGACAACGACAACGGACGGCACUAGCGACAAUAACAGCGAGCAUUAGCAAGACUGCUCACCUCUCGCUCUGCACCUUUGCACAGACUCAUUAUCAUUCGAACUCCUGUCACUCCUCUCUUCACUCAACCCGACCACUGUCCAGCUUCCAGACGACGGUUACGAGUUGCCGUUUACCACGACGCGACCUACCAAAUCUGCUUUACGCAUCGUCUCUUCCCUACUGCUAGGACCGCGACACGACACGCCUCCGCGCGCCGGCCUCCAACUCUUACCCACUCCAGCUUUGGCAUUCACGCCCCCGCCUCCUAGUUGUUGCGCCGUUGCGACGGUGGACCCCCUUGACGCGCUGCAGACUCUGUCAUUCAUCUUGGAACCAUGUCCCAGUGGUCGCAAGCGGCUUCGUUAACCCCAUCGCGCCCUGCUCCGGCACCUCCAGGAGUAAAGCACGCCCCGUUAGGCUACUCGGCUGCCUCGCGGUCGACUCCACGAGACACGGGGUCGCCUGCUUAUGCCUCUAAGACGUAUGGCAACUCCUUCCCUGGUCUUAGCCCAGCGGGUUCUACACCUUCCAAUGAAGUUGUCAGCGCCAUCAUCCGCACUGGUGCCGCCCAGGUCGGUGGCGAAGGCUUCAUGAUCCCAUUCAUGCCGUGGCCCAAGAAAUGGCUCGUCCUGACAGUCAACGAGCUCCAAAUAUUCAAAAGCGAGCAAGCAUCGUCUCCAGCAUUCGUUUGUCAGCUGGCCGAGGUAGUGGACGUUCAGCGGGUCAACAACAGGGCGUUCUGCGUGGAAGUCGAGAUCAAGGACAAGAUCAUCUUCCUGGCGUUCAAGUCUGACGAAGAGGUCUAUGGCUGGAUGGAGGACAUCUACUCGCGUUCGCCCUUGAUGGGAGUCAGCCAGCCAACAAACUUCGUCCAUCAAGUUCACGUUGGUUUCGACCCAUUGACUGGUGGUUUCACGGGGCUACCACAACAGUGGUCGAAACUUUUGACCUCUUCUGCUAUCACGAAGGAAGAGGCUGCUCGUAAUCCCGAGGCGGUACUGGAUGUGCUCCAGUUCUACACCCAACAACAAAUGGGCCAGGCGGAUUAUGGCCCCUCGGUCAUUCUGUCUUCGUCUCAGCCCGCUGUCGCACCCCGUUUCACGUCGACUGCAGGGAUCACGGGACAAUCACUACCUACAGCAUCACGAGAUGCGCCACCAGCUCCACCCAAGCCUUUGCCGCGCCAUGAUGCCUCAAGAGACGAUCCGAAGCCUCAGCUGGAUUCUCGACCACCACCACGUACGCUGACUGCUGAACGCAAGGCUCCUGCCCCACCCCGACCACCGGUUACAGCAGCCAAGCCUGUGGAGAUCAAGCCUUCCGGCGGCCAGUCGAAGUCGGAGCAGUCUGCCGUCCCUGCUCGCCCGGCCAAGGGUCCCGAGCCAGCCCCAGUGGCAGCGCCAUCUGCACCUGCUCCGUCACGACAGGUCGAGAGGCGGAUCAGCACCAUGAAUGAGGCUCAAAUCAUGGACAAGCUGCGUUCCGUGGUCAGUGCAGAUGACCCAUCGACCAUGUAUUCCAAGAUCAAGAAGGUUGGCCAAGGCGCCUCCGGAAUGGUCUACGUGGCCAAGACCCUCUCCACCGGCAAAAAAGUUGCCAUCAAGCAGAUGGACUUGGCCCAGCAGCCUCGCAAGGAGCUAAUUGUUAAUGAAAUCAUCGUCAUGAAGGAAUCUCAGCACCCGAACGUCGUCAACUUUUUAGAAUCUUUCCUGGUCAAGAGCACCGAACUCUGGGUCGUCAUGGAAUACAUGGAGGGCGGCGCGCUCACGGACGUCAUCGAAAACAACAAGUUGACUGAAGAGCAGAUUGCCUGCAUCUGUCUAGAGACCUGUCGAGGGUUGCAACAUCUGCAUUCACGUUCCAUCAUUCACCGUGACAUCAAGUCGGACAACCUUCUGAUGAACGCCUUCGGUGAAGUGAAGAUCACCGACUUUGGCUUCUGCGCCAAAUUGACUGAUCAGAAGUCAAAGAGGGCAACCAUGGUCGGUACCCCAUACUGGAUGGCCCCGGAAGUCGUCAAGCAGAAGGAGUACGGUGCCAAGGUCGACAUUUGGUCCCUAGGCAUCAUGGCCAUCGAAAUGAUCGAGAACGAGCCGCCGUAUCUGGACGAGGAGCCUCUCAAGGCACUCUACCUCAUUGCCACGAAUGGCACACCAACGCUCAAGCAGCCUGACAAGCUCAGUCAAGACCUGAAGCACUUCCUCAGCGUUUGCCUUUGCGUGGACGUCAACUUCCGCGCAACGUCGACAGAGCUCCUAAAGCAUGACUUCUUGCGUCUGGCUUGCCCUGUGAAGGAUCUUGCACCAUUGCUGCGCUUCCGUCAAACCUUGGGAUGACCAACGUGAUGUGACAGGGAUGACCAGCAUGGCCAGAUGUCCGAUCCACCCUCCUACAUACCUGUAGUCUGACUGAAGGGUGAUAGUGAACGUGGACGUGCCGCGACCGCUAUCUUGGCUCCCGGAGGUUGCUCGUUUGCAUUCGUGAUAUCAAGUCG